CUGCUCCAGUUUAGUCGCGCCCUGCUGAUGCUUGGACACCUUUGCCUGCCUAGUGAUGGAGAACCACAAUCAUUUCAUGGUCGCUCUGUCGGCCGCCCUGGCAUUCGGGUCUUUGACCAUAAUAUUCGUGCUGAGAUGGGUUUCCAACUAUGGAGAUGGUUUGGCCUGGGAUGGAGGACCAGCCAAUUUCAACUGGCAUCCCGUCUUGCAGCUCUCUGGCUUUGUUUUCUUGAAUGGACUGGGCAUCAUUGCCUUCAGACUCCCCUGGACCCAUCAGCUCAGCAAAGAAUCUGUGAAGUUGAUCCAUGCGGCCUUGAACACCUUGGCCUUCUUCUGCGCCGUAAUGGCUCUCAAGGCUGUUUUUGGUUCCCAAAGUGGUUCCAAUUUCCCGGACUUGUUCAGCCUGCACAGCUGGCUGGGCAUAACUGUUGUUUCACUGUUUGGUAUAGAGAUUGCUCUUGCAGCCAGCAUCUACUUGUUUCCAAUCACACCGGAGUCCUGGAAAGCAGCGUUCCACCCCCUCCAUGUGUUCCUUGGACGUUUUCUCUUCGGUAGCACGAUAUGUGUGUCACUCAUUGGCCUUACAGAGAGACUCAUUUUUAGCUUGAACGACCCAAAGUACUCUGACUCCCCCCCCGAGGCAUUCUUUGCAAAUGUAAUGGGAUUGUUCCUGGUGGCCUACGGUGUUGCAAUCUUCUGGAUUUCAACUAAUAAAUCUUGGAAACACCCCGGCCCGCCAAUUUGGCAUACCAGUGGGCUGCUUGAGGACAAGAUAAAAUAAGCUGUCAGAUGAAAGCGAAGCUGAGAGUCGAGUGGGUGUGAGGAGGAGGGGUAACAGACACAUUACCAAGACCUCUGAUUCAAAUAGAAAUGAUAAAGAGCAGAUGCUUUGAAUGUAUGUUUGUUUAGUCUAAACUGGUCAAGGAUUGUCUAAAGAGGAAAUUUACGUUUGCUGAUCUUUCUAUUCAUGACUUUAUUUCUUUGAACCUAAAAGUAUUUCAUGUUUAUUAAGCUUGUUUUUUUGGUAACAUUUCAUAUUCAAAAGCAUGCAUGAAUAUUCAUAGAGUCAUUAAAUCCCAAUAUGGAGGCUAUAAAUGAUGGUGCUGGUAUACAGUUAAACUGUUUAAAAAAAAAUGUCUUGUUGUUUUUACAUUCAUUUAUAGGCUUUAUCAUGUUUCUUGGUUUGAGUGGAAUUAAAAACAUGUUUGGAAAACAGAACCUCACUGAAAUAAAUAAAAAAAUCUGAAACUUC